UGGAGAGGCGGGGCGGCGGGGCGGGGCCUCGGCCAGUCUACCCCGGGCACCUUCUGCCCGGGGCCCGACAAACCGAGCCGGCCAGCCGCCCGCUCCAGAGCCCCCGCGACCCCGCCGUGGUGCAAGGAGAGGCGUGGACGGGAAGGUAGCUCCUGGCCGCCACCAUCAUGCAGGGACUGAGGCUCUUCUGCUGCUGCGUGGCCCCGCUGCUGCUGCUGGGGACGGCCGACCUGCAAGUGUCUGCCCUGGACGGCACAGAAGACUCUGCCAACUUUGCUGAAGGUGGCUUGUUGCCUGGAGACCCAAGCCUAGCAGAGAAGGAUAAGCUGCUUUAUGGAGUCGACGACGAUGCUGCCGCCACCGCCGCCUCCUCACCGCUUGAGAUGGGAAUUCCCUUCCAGCGCGCAGAUAGUCAUGAGGAAGCCAGCAGAGACAUGAGGGGAGAGCCUCGUGCUGGUGGCUCCACCAAAGCAGGUGCUGAUCUGGACGUCAGUAGUCUGGAGGAAAAGGGAGCCCUCGUUGCUGAGGCAGAAGACGCCUCUCAUGGAGGGCAACGAGAAGGUGGGCACAGCCUGGGAGCACCCGAGCAACGUUCUGCAGUCAACACAGAGGAAGUGUUGGCUAAAGAGAACCAGGCACCGCCAGAGGGAGCUGCCAAAGACCCUGCCCUGCAAGGAAGCAGAAGAGCCUCUCGGGGCCUUCUCCAGCCCUCUGAGGCCAGAGAGGAACCAUCUCCUCAGGAGGACAACAUCACCACUGACUUGGGCAAGGAAGCGGAAGGCACCUCUGGGGAGAGAUGUUUAAGUGAUGCCUCCCCCACACUGAAUGCCUUUGGGGCACCAGGAAUGGCACCGCAGGCCACCCCCCACAAGUCAGAAUGGCAGUCAGAGUCUAAGCAGGUGGAGGGAGAAGACACCGGAGUGGAAGAGGAAGGCUCUGAGAGGGAAACAGCAGGUUGCCCUGAGCAGCUGGAAGUGGAAGAUUCAGAGGACGACAAAGAAGAAGAGGCCACAGUGGCAAGGGAGGGAGACGUUGGCCUUGCAGAAGGCGAAGGUUCUGAGGAAGAAGAAGAUUCUGAGGAAGAAGACGAUUCUGAGGAAGAAGACGAUUCUGAGGAAGAAGACGAUUCUGAGGAAGACAAUGACCCCCAUUCAGAGAAAGAUAACGAUGAAGGAGAGGCAGCAGUGGCUGGAGGAGGAGGAGAGCCUGCCAUCCCUGGAGAGAAAAAGGCCGGUGCUCUGAAAGGUGGCAGAGAGGAAAAAGCAGAGGAUGGGGAAGAGGGUCCUGCCCUGGGGAAAGGUGUGGGUGAAGUGGAGUCAGAAGAUGCCCCCUCUGGAGACCCCAGCCUGAUAUCUGUUCCUCAGGCUAACACCCACCUCCAGCAACAAGAGGAAGGCCCGGGUGAAGCAGAAGCAACCCUCAGUUCUCCCAGCAAUGGGGCCCCCCUCAGCGGAAAUGAGGAACUGACUUCUGACCGUGCACACCUGGCCCCAGCCGACCCCAGCCCAGCACCUCACAGCAACCCCCCAACCCUAGCUGCUGCUGUUGAAGAGGUGGAAGAGGGCAGGGAGUCUGCCACGAGGGACCGCUCCCACAUCGAAGGCACUUUGAAGCUGAAGGAGGAGAAGCCUGCAGAUGACUACUCAGCCAUACUGCAGCGGCUGAGGAAGAUCUACCACACUUCCAUCAAGCCCUUAGAGCAAUCUUACAAGUACAAUGAGCUACGGCAGCAUGAAAUCACGGCUUACCCUGGACGCACCUUGGGCUCCUCAGCCACAGAUGGAGAGAUUAUAUCCAAGCCGAUGGUGCUGUUCCUGGGACCAUGGAGUGUUGGCAAAUCUACCAUGAUAAACUACCUCCUGGGGCUACAGGAUACCCCCUACCAACUCUACACAGGGGCUGAGCCUACCACCUCAGAGUUCACCGUCAUUAUGCACGGCCCCAAGCUGAAGACCAUUGAAGGCAUUGUGAUGGCUGCAGACAGUGCCCGCUCUUUCUCACCUCUUGAGAAGUUUGGGCAGAACUUUCUGGAAAAGCUGAUAGGGAUUGAAGUUCCUCAUAAGCUUUUGGAGAGGGUUACGUUUGUGGAUACCCCUGGGAUCAUUGAGAACCGGAAACAGCAGGAACGAGGCUACCCGUUCAAUGAUGUCUGCCAGUGGUUCAUUGACAGAGCUGACCUCAUCUUUGUAGUGUUUGAUCCCACGAAGCUGGAUGUGGGGCUGGAACUGGAGAUGCUUUUCCGCCAGCUGAAGGGACGUGAAUCUCAGAUUAGGAUCAUUCUGAACAAAGCUGACAGCCUGGCUACGCAAGAACUCAUGCGAGUGUAUGGAGCCUUGUUCUGGAGCCUGGCUCCCCUGAUCAACGUCACUGAGCCCCCCAGGGUCUACGUCAGCUCCUUUUGGCCCCUGGAUUACCAAGCCGACACGCACAAAGAACUCUUCUUGAAAGAAGAGAUCUCCCUCCUAGAAGACCUUAACCAAGUGAUUGAAAACAGGCUGGAGAACAAGAUUGCUUUUAUCCGCCAGCACGCUAUCCGGGUUCGCAUCCAUGCACUCUUAGUUGAUCGCUAUUUGCAGACCUACAAGGAUAAAAUGACCUUCUUCAGUGAUGGAGAGCUUGUCUUCAAGGACAUUGUGGAGGAUCCAGACAAGUUUUACAUCUUUAAAUCAAUCCUGGCUAAGACCAAUGUCAGCAAAUUUGACCUCCCGAAUCGUGAGGCUUACAAGGACUUCUUUGGGAUCAACCCCAUCAGCAGCUUCAAGCUUCUUGCUCAGCAGUGUUCCUACAUGGGAGGCUGUUUCCUGGAGAAGAUUGAGAGGGCCAUAACCCAUGAGCUGCCAGAUCUUUUGGGGAGUGUUGGCCUAGGCAAGAAGCCCAGUGUCCUCUCCUGUGACACAACUGGUUGUGGGGAAACUCCAAAGAACCGUUAUAAGAAACAUUAACAAUCUGUUCAGUGUAACCACUCCUGUGUUCCUGUUGGUGAAUGAGCUUAUGUCUUAUCUGUCCAAGAAGCCAAGGUUUGUUAACCCUUUGAGUGCCACACUGACAAGAGCUAAUAUACAGCGAGGAAUUGGGAAUCACUGGCAUCAGUGGCAGGAAAGUUGGGUGGGCCUAGAGAAGAGAAUAAAACACUGUGAAUUCCUGAUGUUUGUGAUCUAAUCUUUGUUAUUUGAAGUAGGAGGCCAUCUAACUGCAAGUCAAAUGGAUGGGCCAUGUCUGUUGAGGCAUCGCCUGGCCCUUGCAUAUACUGAGCAGGCAGGCAGGAAGGAAGCAUUAGAGGACUGACUGAGAAAGGGUGAAAGAGGCUGGCUUCUUGAAAUCAGGAAAGGCAUAGACAUUGCCCUCCCUCAAAACCUGUACAUAGUUCUUGCAGUAUCUUGCUGCUGCUGCAUGAGGAAUUGAGGACCAUAGAAUUCACCUUGUGUAUUCCAGUGUUCUUUCUGAGACUCACAGCUCAUCAACAUUAGUUCUUCAUGAGAAAGCCCCUCCUCAGCUGCAUCUUGGCAUUCCCCUGUGCAUCCAGUGCUCCUACCCCAUAUUGAAGGAUUCCAGACUGCUGUUCCUCUGGAUUCUGCCCUCUCUGAUGGAAAGCAUUUCCCCACUCCCUUGGAAGCCUGGUUCAUAAAAAGAAAACCUCCAGCACAUGUAAGAGUCCUAGUGGCUCCAGCAGAGGUCACUUGAAGCCUAGUCUUUUGGAAGUGCUGUUUGCAAGGGAGGCUACUUUGUAUGUGGGUGCACUGCAUGGACAUAGGAAUCUGCUGGGGCAGGUCUGAAAUUGUGAGCCAUUCAUGGCCCCUCCCUUGCUAGGACCUGACAUGCUGAGGGGGCUGUGCCGCUUGCUUGCUGGCUGGUUGGCUGGCAUUUGAGCCCCAGGAUUGUUGGGAGUCUUGUGCCUGCCUGUUAGCAUCCUGCUUGUGCUGCUGCUCUUCCAGGUUUCUCACUGCGGAUUGAAAACUGGGUAGUCUUUGCCCAUAUUUUUGUGUUGUAGCUUCACAGUCACUAAUUUGCUUCUCCCUACAUCUCAACACCAAACUUUGUGGCCAGCUGCAAAUGGCUAUUUCUUAAGUUAGAACUGACAUCAGUUUCCUUGUAUGUGGCGAAGGAGAGGCAGCCCCUCUUUGCUAGCACAGCUGAUGGCAGUGCUGAACACAAACUGGAGACAUGACGGGACUUUUACAAUGGGCAGUGAGUGGUAGGCAGAGAUGUCCAGACCUUACACCACGACGAUGGAAUGCUUUCUGCCAGGGAAGGGGACUUCCAGCCAGUUAUCAGCCUUGAGAUAGCAGGCAGGUGUGCCUUAUUUAACCCUGUAAGAAUGUACAAGCAAAGUAUCAUGAUGUAUCCUGAGAAAGACAGAAGUGAAGGAGAAAAGGCAAAGCAGGUGAAGGUACCCUGAUGGAUUGGAUUGCUUUUUUUUUAUUUUCCAAAUAAGAGAUUGAAAAAUGAAAGUUUCAUAGAGGGGCCAGUAGGAGAAUCAUUCACGGCAGUUCAGCACCGAAUUACAGCUGGGAAAAAGAACUUGCCAUGAACACACAUAACCAAAACAGAUCACCUGAUAAAAGUGAGUUUAAAAUAAUUAGUGUUGAGAAAGGAUCCAGGAGUGAGUUGCUCCUUGUGGGGCACUGGAGUCUGACUGCCAGGAGGUAGAAGAGAGAAGCCAGACUUCAUAAAUGGGUGGGCUUUGGGUAGGAAAGGAAUUUGGUGGUGGUAGUACUAGUUGGAGACCUUGGGCAUGGCACACAAAGGAAUGGGAACAGAUAAUCCAGCAAAGAAGCACCACGGGAACUGGCAUCCAGAAUAGCGCAGAGUGAAGCCCCGGAUCUGUCCUGGAGUUGUUGCUGCCUCCUCCUCCUCCUCUUGUAUAUUAGCUUCUUCUCAUCUCACCAGUUGCUUCCUGUAAAUGGUCAUGCAUCUUUGUCUCUAUAGUUGAUGGGACAGAAAAAGAAGUGCUGUUGCGACUGGCUCCCCAAAGUGAACUUGCCUUGUUCUCUGAGGAAAGAGAGCGACCCAACAGGUGGGCCCCGUUGCCUCUCUCUUGACCUCAACAUCUGUGCUGUUUCCCCUCCUUGGCUUUCUUAUUCUUAUCCUUCUUUCUUGUUCCCUUCUGAUACUACAGGUCAUGUGCAGUUAGACUUAGUUUGUUUUCCACAAGAUGCGCUCUUAGCAACAUGCUGCAUGUGGGGUGCAAGUCUGAAAUGGCAAAUUGGAUGCAAUAUAACCCCCAGGCACAGGUGUCCUGUCUGCUGCCAUGACUUAGAGUGCUGAAGGGCAGUAAGAUCUGGAGUGUCACCAGACCCAAGGCAGCAGCAAUUGCAAUGUCAGCGGUGGUGCUGAGAGAAAGGGAGCCAAGGUGUGUGGUUGUCUCUGCUGCUUUGUUGGGUUGAGAUGUUGGGAGGUGAAGAGAAAUGCUAAAUGACAAUCUUGCUGGCCUGUGGGGAAAGGGGAAGAUUCAGCCCAACGCACUGGUCCCUGGGAACUGCAGCAUCCUAUGGCUCAUAGGUCUUGCCCUCCUUCCCCCUUCAAAUCUACAUUCAGAGUCUCUUCUGAGUAGUGCCUACUCCAUAUUAACGUGUCCUAUUGAUGCUUGACAACCAUGUGGUAUUUCAGAAACAAUGGAAACUGCAGCGCCUAAAUUAACCAGGUGAUUUCUGCUGGGUCUGGCAUCAUCCACUCUGGGGAAAUCUUUGCCAUUAAGAACAUGGUUGAAAUAGUCGGGGGUGCAUCUAAAUUGCCAUAGUAUGAGGAUCUGCCAGAACAGAUGGUUCCUAGCAUUAUCCGUCUGGUUCUUCUCAGUCUUGGGAAUAUGCACUCUUGUGGGCCACUGAUCUUGUGGUGAGGGAGCCUGUGUACUUCUCCAUGGUUAAAUUAUCAAAACUGAACCAAAUCCACUGUUGCGUGCUCUUCUUUUGAACAGGAUUUUGGACAGAUAUAUUUAAAGGGCUUACGUAGCUGUAAUAUAUUUCCAGUUAGUGGUUCACAAUAAUAAUCUGUAUUUGGAGAGACCAUGUACAUCAGCCGUUCUAAUAAAUUCUGAUAUUUUCCAAUCACA